AUGCUUCCUCAACAGGAAAACCCGGAACCGAGCACAUCAUCAUAUGGCGAAGGCUUAUUUGGACUUACCUAUCAGGAGAUGGACAGCCCCGAGAAUUCCAAAACAAUAGCAGACCGCCUUACCAAAGAACGAUACCAGAUACCGCAAGUGCCCACGGCAUAUAAAAACGGAAGACAGUGGCAUAUCAGAACGCUCCCUAAGCCUGCAUAUCUAGCGCGUCGUCCUUGUCGUCUUCCUGCCCAGCAUGGAGCAGUUGGGGAUGGUCGUCCUCUCCUCCACAAGUCAGCGUCAGCUUCAGGUUCCGCCCGCCAGGACCCAGAAAGAGAUCGGACUUCAUACAAGCUCAAAGCGCCACCGCAUUUAGUAGACAUCUUUUCUCCCGAUGAUGGUCAUGUGGCCACAACAUUAGCGGAACUAGUAGCCUCGUCUGAAGCUGACGAAGAGCCUAUGUCCGAUAUAUCAGCACCGGUGAUAACCCCAUCUACUUCUGACGAAGAUCCUGAUCCUGACCCUGAUCCUGAUCCUGACUCUGAAGGGCCAACCAAAGUCGGUCAAGAAACUGGAUUGCUGUACAUCAGAGAUUGGAAAUCCGCACUUUCUUACAAGCAUGGUCCCCUCACCGACCCUGAUUAUGUCGCUGUUUCUUUGUCAGCUGCAUCUCGUCCACCAAACAACCCCAUGAAAUGGCGCGAUAGGAUAGAGGAAAGGAACACAUAUCAAGGGCUAUAA